CUUUGAUACAAUAUCUAUUGGAAGUUGAUUGUCAGUUGGAAUUUACAACUAAAGUUAAUUAGUUCUGAACCGAGUUCCACUUCCGAUGAGUACGCACAACUCAUCUGACUCAUCAAGUUUUUUCGAAUGGGAUGAUUACCUUUCAAGAACGGGUGCCCGCCCUGCGGAUCCGAAGUGUUUCAAACAGGCGCCGUACUCAAAUUCCCGUGGCCGUGUGAAGGUAUAUGGGGAGCUGUCUUCUGAGUUCACCACAUCAAGUGGCGUCCGACAGGGAUGUCCUCUUUCACCUUUCCUCUUUAACUUCGUCAUUGAUACGAUCAUGGAAGACUCACUACCAGCCUCUAAUGCCUGUGGGGUCGAAGCGCUCCCUGGGCCUCCGCCCACAGACAUCGAGUACGCAGACGACAUAGCUCUUCUUGGAUCUGACCCCGUGUCUCGCAUACCGCCACAAAAUCUCUUCGAAGUGAAUGCUCUUUUGGAAGCUGAGGAUCAACGGAGCGCUGCUCACGAUGUUCAGACGACAUCCCCAUUCACACCUGAUAGUUUCAAAUCUUCCACAACUGGUUCUACUGGGGUUGGCUCCGGUGCUAACCGACGCUCAAGUCUUGCAGCAAACCCGGUGGGGACGCUGCGCCGCUUUCGAGCAGCCGCUUUCAGUUUGGCCCAGGUGGUCGAAGUUUGGGGUCCACGUUUACGAAUUCGGCUUAUCGGUACGGACGAUCGCAAUGAUUGCUGGUUUCUGGUGGACUCUGAUCAAAUUAGACCAUAUCCUUCGGGUGAACCACUCCAGCCGCCGUUCGGCUAUAUGUAUAACCAUCUGAAUUGGAGUCGUACACUGAAGAGCGCCACAGAGGGUGCAAAGUUUGCCGAUCCCUCCUGGUUCGUCGAAUCACCAUCAGAUCCGACGGAUAAUUUUUUCCGAGUCGGCGAUAAGCUGGAAGCAGUUGAUCGUCACAACAGCCAGCUAAUCUGUCCGGCCACAAUCGGUGCGGUAAAUGGACAGCAUAUUUUUGUCAGUUUCGACGGUUGGUCUGGAGCAUUUGAUUACUGGACCCGAUUCGACAGCCGGGAACUGUUUCCCGUAGGCUGGUGUAAACUAGCAGACUAUCCACUUCAGUCACCGGGUCCGAACGCUUUGCGAUCUCCCACCAAUCAGUCAACCCCUGCCCCUGCUCGACCUCUAACUUCCUCUCGACCAGAUCCCUUGAACACGUCAUCGGAAACUCCUAGUCUAUCGGGGAGUGCGAAACGACCUAUUGGUACGAAACGUCUUGAAAAAAGGAAUAGGUCUCACGCGGCUAAGCGUGGAGGACGACCCAAUAGUCGAAGACGUGUCAAAACGUCAGCCUUGAGGCGACAGCCCAUAUCGGCCAUUGUGCAUAAGCCAGUAGUGAAGCCCGAAGUUCCUGCCUCAGAUACCGUGUGGCCUUCCGAAACAGUUAAGAGGCUUACGUCCGUAUCAUCUCACCCCGAACUAACGGACUCCGCCGACUCCUCGAUGCGUUCCAUGUCAUCCCCACCCACUAUCCAUCCCAUGAAUGAAGAUGCGUCGGAAUCUGUCCUUAAUUUAAGUGUGUCUUCCUCAGAUCAACCACCAGCUAUUGAAGUUGCUCUUCCCAUUCAGUCCGACCCUCCCCGGGUAAGGCGCAUCAGCAACUCCUCAGACUGCGUUGUCCGACUUCAGGCCAAAUCACCGCCCGUUCCUUCAGAUCGUGCAGACUACACAAAACCAGAACACAAGUCCUGGCAAGUGGUUCCGAUAAGCCCCCAGUCGCAAAGAAAAGCCCCAAAAAGGCAUCGGCACUCAGUGGACAAAGCCAGUCGGUUGCGGAAGAAAUUCAAACUCGUCGGAACAUCUGAACGUCCGACCUUUACCACACUCAAAGGAGAACUCAACAAGCACUCCACAUCCAAGGAAACAAUUCCUACAUUACGCCAAGAUGAGCAUUCCAACAAGACAAAACCCGAGGUUCCCCCCAGGGAUGACGCUACCUCACAACGAUCCACCUCACCAUCAUCAUUACCUUUACCAAGCCUUCAGAAUUCACACUCUACUCAUUUUCGAUCUGAUCGAUCGGGACAGACUCCGCUUCACCUAUACUGUGGUGAUUACAACGCCACUUCGCUAGCUUCGUAUGAAACCAAGCCCGUAACGUAUCUGCCUCCCCAGUCUGAGUCAGCCUCUUCUGGGGAACAUCUGGACGACGAUGUCGCCAGCAGCGUAACUCGUUCGAACGGGGUGGCGCCAUCCUAUACAUCUGGUCUAUGGUAUCCAUCCUCCAGGAUGGAAUAUAACAGUUCGAAAAUGUUGGAUGCGCAUGCGGCUUCCUCUCACGCAACUGACGAUUAUUCCGACGGACAAAGUUUAGCUCCCCACGUCUCUUCUUCCACCGUGUCACCUUCUUCGUUGGACCUCGGACCAGGACCGUUACCCAAUCCUGCCCUGUGGACCAUUGAUGAAGUAUAUCAUUACCUCACAACUCGGGACCCAAGCCUGUUGGAAGUUGCACAGAAGUUCAAGCACCAUGACUUUGCCAACAAAGUAGCGGGGGUUACCGUUGAACCAGAUGACAUUCUGAUAAGUUUCGAUGUCAAUUCAUUAUAUACAAAUGUGCCCAAGGGAGACUCUUUAGAAAUAGAUAAGCGACUGUUAUUAGCGGGCACCACCCUUUCAGAACGGACGCAGCUCACGGUGGAUGAAAUAGUGGAAGGCAUAAAAGCGUGUCUGAACCUCACCCACUUCGUUUUCGACAACGUGGUUUACACUCAAGAACAAGGUCUAGCAAUGGGAUCUCCAAUAUCCCCGGUUUUGGCAAAUAUAUUUAUGGAAGAAUUUGAACAGAUAGCUUUAACUGGAUUCCCAUACCCACCUAAGAUAUUCUGGCGUUAUGUAGAUGACACCUUCGUCGUCAUGAAACGAGAUAAUGUUAGGGAGUUUUACAACUAUCUCAAGGAACUGAGCCCACAAAUCAAAUUUAGUAUGGAGUUAGAGUCAACCUCGGGUAAACUGGCCUUUUUAGACUGUAUGGCACAUAAGGUCGGGGGAAAACUAAAGACUGCAGUGUACGAGAAGCCAACCGACACUGGGGCAGUUUUAAACUACUCGUCCGUCCAUCCGAAGUCAGUGUUUGCCAGUAUUGCCUCAUCAAUGUUUAGGCAUGCAAGGGCCCUGUGCACAGAAGAAGCUGAUCGGACAGCGGCCCAAAUUGAGGCAAACUUCACCAACGGAACAUGCCUCAUCUAUUAUACAAGUGGGAGAUCUGCCGGUGAUGAUACAGCGCUCACGAACGACGAGGGUUACUACAGAGUGACGGGAUCUGUCAUUUCAGAGAGGAUCACAAAAUACGAGUGUUUCGCGACCAUUAGGGAGACUGUCCACCUAUUCACAGUAAAAUCAAAACCCGAUACAAAUGAAUGCAGUGAGGCUCGAAACCGUGGACUACAAUUGUGUCAGAGCAGUGCGUGUAUUGAUCAGUCACCCGGUUACAUGUGCGCUGACGCCGAUUACGUGGACACACAAACAUGUUCAGAACGACAACAGUCUUUCACUGCUCAAGGCUUGGAGCUUAAUGAGGUGACCUCACUCACGAAAAUAGCCAACAGCAACUCUGGCGGACUAUCUAACAACUACUCACUGACUAUAAAACUCAUUGACCAGUUCAAUAUUCGUGAUGAACUCCUGCAUCGAAACAAUAUCGAUUCACGAGAAAAUCACCCUAAUGCCUCUAACCCUGAGUUCAAAAUUCGCAUCUUUUCUCCACAGUCCACGUACAACUACAUGUCGCUUAGUGACUGUCACGUGAAGAAAUGUGUCCAGGCAGCCAACUUGGGUGUGCAAUUAUGCGAUACCGGCGUUUCUGAUUGCGAAACAACCAACGAUACAUAUCGAUGUCGACGGGGCGUGCCACUUUUAGAUGUAUGCAAUUCCAUGAAUAAUGCAAUCAAUAUGUCCUGUCCCCAGUUAUCUCAUGGCAGUCCGGAUAUAGAGAAGCUCGGAAGCACACUAUACCGCCUUGCGUACAACGCAAAAUCUCUGCAUGAUUUAGACCCGGAAUAUUUGACCAAUCUUUCAUCAAAGAUGACGGAUCAACAAAUUCAGCGGGAGCUGGAUUCCCAAUCGGACCUGGAGCGACACCAAAUGGCGAAACAACUGCUUGAUACAUUCAUUUCAACUGUUCACACACCCACUCAGUCUACUGAAACGAAUAUUUCGAUGCAUCUGCCGGAACCUCGUGCUCCUGAGCCUAUCAAAUCCGUAUCCAAUAUAACGCCUUCAACCUCACCAACGAAAAAAAUCAACAUGGCCACAUCAGUACUUCACAUCAUUGCUUCCAUCGUGCGCAAAUCCCCCCAUACUCGACAGAUGAUUGAUUCGGGACAGGCGAACAGAGAGGGCUUCAAGUUUCUGCGCCUCAACAAAGCCAAGGUUAGCGCACAUUUUAACAAAUCAGACGGAGCACCCGCUGGAGUGAUGAUCUUGUCCGAUUCUGUUGAUUCUGCUUUUGAUUCGAUUGUGGCUGUGAUACCCAGUGGGGAAGUGAAAAGCCAAACACCGGAAGAAACCCUAAAGCCCAAAGAAGAAGGACCACCUCUUACUGUCGAAAAUGCUGAGGUUGCCUCGGAUGUGAUACUUGUCGAUACCCUGGAUCCUAAUCGAUGUUUCCAAACACACCAAACGUGUAUUAGCAGCAAUAUAUACGGACAUGGCGAAAUCCUCGCCGUAUUUUUUAAACACACAACCAUACAAUUUAUCAUACAACUCAAUAGUACUCACGUUCUUGAAGUGUACUUUCCGUCGCCUCCUAGGGGAAGAUUUCCGUUAGAUAAGAACAGUGCUGAGCUUUUCAUUCAAACAGACCACCAAUUGCUUUGCUAUUUCUCUUCGUUGUUCCCUCUAGAUUCUGCUUUUGAUUCGAUUGUGGCUGUGAUACCCAGUGCGGAAGUGAAAAGCCAAACACCGGAAGAAACCCUAAAGCCCAAAGAAGAAGGACCACCUCUUACUGUCGAAAAUGCUGAGGUUGCCUCGGAUGUGAUACUUGUCGAUACCCUGGAUCCUAAUUUGACUUAUGAAUAUACUCUGCACAUGUUAACGGGUCACCAGUCGUAUCGCUUAAGUGACAACCCAGAUCCGUCCAGCUUGCGUAGGGGUGAUGGUCGGGGAACUUGGAGCUCAGAAGACUGUCAGACUGUGGUCGUUGGACAGCAACUUCAGUGUCGUUGCACACCACGACAAACUGGAACGUUUGCCAUUGCACUGGUCUAUUGGCUUGGUGACCCAAACAUUGAAAUCGAGAACAAAUGGCUGGUGGAGACCGUGAGCUAUGUAUUCACCGCAAUCACUGUUGUCGCGUUGAUACUCUUCCUCAUCUUCACGCGUUUCAUCGGUGUAUUCCGCCUGGAUCAGUUCAACAUUGCAUUCUCUCUCCUACUUACGUCUAUCGCUGCUCUCAUCUCACCACUGUUAAAUGAUAGCCAGCCAAUUGCUUGCACAAUUGUCGCAAUAGCCGUGUGUUUCUUCCUGUUGGCUGCAUUCUCUUGGAAAUUCAUCUUCGGAUUGAACACACUAAUGCUCAUCGUCGCACCUCAUUCUCGCUACCAUGAGUUGAUCUCGAGGCAUCAAAAUUGCAUCCCACUCGUAUGGAUUGGAUAUUUGAUUCCAGCGGUCAUUGUGGGUGCCUGGUUUGGAUACGCGGGUGCUGUCAGCUCAAAUCUUGGUUGUUUCGGUCCUUCCAUCGCUCGAUGGGUCCUUGUCGGAUUCAUCACAAUCGUCGUGAUUUUCAACUUUUUCGUUCUUUUGAUUGUCGGUGUGGUUCUAUUACGAAGCUAUCUACUCACUCGCAAAAGCCGAAUAAAUAAAAGCACACAUUUCCUCGUCCUCACACAACUCAUGCUCACACUGGGCCUACCAUACACCAUAAUCUACAUGCAAUUUGUGGAUCAUCAAGCCAUGCUGUUUACUGUCCCGAUCGCUCUUGGAACAACUGCUGUGCUCAUGUUCCUUUUGGUUGCCGUAAUCGACGAGGAAAACCGUCAUCGUUUGGAGUCGUUCUUACGAGCUCACUUUACGCGGACGACGAGUGUUCCAGGGAAUCAUACUACCACUGCUGGCCAGGUUAAUCGUAGAGGAAGUACACCCAAGACAGAUAGUCAGCACACUCGAAAACGGCUAGGUUCGAAACAGUGGAGCUACCGGGAGAAAAACUAUACGGCCGGGGGCAACGGGGAGGCUGCGCAGAAUCUCAAGUCUAACAAAUACGCACACUCUGAAACUACCAAUUCAGAUUUGAAAUUUGAACCUGGUUGGUUGCAUCGUUUUCCGGCGACAGCCCAACUACCUGAGGGUGAUUCCGUGGUAGUCAGCGAGGAUUCUUUGAACACAGUAGCGUUCAACCGGAUGGCACAGACGACCGCUCCAAGGACAAGUGGAGAAUCUUACCGUUCAGGAACGCAUGCGUCGCCGGUUACGUCCGAAACGAACAUUGACGAUGCCUGUUUCAGUCCAGACACCACAAAUUCCCGCGGACCGCUGACGUUCAACGGCAACAAUGGCGUGAUUAAUGGCCAAACAAUGAGGCGAUUAUGAGCUGUUUCACCCAAAAUAUUAAAUGAGCUACCGAGCAACCUAAACAGCAAAACAUUGCCUGGUGUAGUGCACAAGGGUAUUCUACCAGUAAACUCCCACUAGAACUGUACGGUUGGGGACUGUCAGAUAUUUUAUUCGCAUCCGCCAUGGAAUACUGCUAUUAUUUUGAGCCAUUCUUCUCGCCUUUCAGUUCGCCUCCCAUAAUCAAGCGAAGAUUUUUGUCAUUAGUUGCGAGAAUUUGACUGCAAUCCAAAUUCACAAUCAUGCUUAGUAGUCACCCAAAGAAAUGCACAAUAUUUGAGGCAUUUUGCUGCUUUUUGUACAAAGAAUUUUAUUUACAAUACAAUUUCCUCAUGUUGACUUUCCUUUGAGAUGAAACAGCAAAAAUCUGUGCGCUUCGGCACCAUCACUGAGUGUGGGGAAUUUUUAUAAAUACUCGUAUACAGCUGGAUGAGGUGCGAAUUUUUUCAUGAAUCCUUCAUCCCUCUGCUUUCUGAUGUUAAUCUUUCCGUAGUUUGGAUACUGAAGACCCUUCUGGAUACAUUGUGCAACGACAUUGCGGCAAGUACUCCAAUCUCACCCCCAUAAUAUUCUUGUUCUCGUGUUUCUUGCUAAUGACCAUGACAUUUAAAGAAUGAAAUGUGGCUUCAGCG